AUGGCGGAAAGUCUCCGAAGGUAUACUGAGAAUACAGGCAUAGACCCUGAAGUGGACGAUGAGGAGGACGAUCUGGAGAAGGGAACAUUCACCAAUGACAACACGGACGAGUUGGCAGAGCUGUGUAUGCGCAGAUACAGGUUUUACGAUCCAGAGGGUGGUUUGUGGACUCCUGAAGAUUUCGUUGAGUAA